AUGGGAAGAGGGAGAGUUCAGCUGAAGCAGAUCGAGAACAAAAUCAGUCGCCAAGUCACCUUCUCCAAAAGGAGAACGGGGCUGCGCAAGAAGGCUCAUGAAAUCUCUGUGCUCUGUGAUGCUCAAGUCGCACUGAUUGUCUUCAAUGCCAAAGGGAAACUCUUUGAGUAUUCGUCUGAAUCCAGGAUUCCAUCUCUUGCACCAGGUCCCUUUGGUGAAUUGAUGUCUAACAAGUAUGUACGGCCAUGGAGGGCCCUCUCUGACAAGGCAACAGGUGCUGCCAUAUGUUCAUGUUUUAGGCAACGCGUUGUAGUGUUCUGA